CGCCCCGGUGUUUAGGCCCGGUCCACGGAGAAGGAAGAGGCACACCUCUCCUCCGCUUCGUCCUCCUGCCUCGCUGCCGUCCGUGCAGCUCCCCACGCGGCGUCUCUCCCUCCUCUCGUCUCCUCUCGUCGGCACCGACCGCGCCACCAACAGGAAACCAAACCUCCCUCCCUCCUCCUCCUCCGCCAUCUCCAAACCCUAGCGCCCCGUCACGGAGCACGGGCCCGUCGGCUCCCCCAUGCGCCGACGCCUCGACGCCGCCGCCGCCGAUCAUGUCCGCCGCCUCUAGGGUUUCCCGGCCCUUGCCAUGGUGGUGAUCGUCCCCGCGCCGGCCCAACGAUUCCGCCUUGCCGCUUUGCUUGAUUCGCCGGAGCUGCUGGGCCCCGCCCGCCGCGCCGUUUGCUGGAGAUCGUCAUGAUGUCGAGGUUUAUGCACAUCGGGAAGAGCAGCAGGAAGCUUGCUCAUGCUGCAUUGGCCAACUCGAAACCCAGAGUUUCCGGUACGCAGAACAUCGGGCCGAGCUAUGCUUCCGGCUUGGCCUAUAGAAGCAGGGCGUUUUUGCACGGGACGGUUCACAAUGGACCGAGCACUUCCUUUGUUCUUGGACGAGCAAAGGAGAGCUUGUACUGGAGCCCUGGUGCCAGAAACUUAUCGGUUCUCUCGUCCUGUAGCCGUAAUGCCUUCCACAGCCAACUGGCCUGGAAGCAACUCACGGCUAUGGGUUCUCGUGCACCAAGAGCAUCUCCGCUUUUAAGUAGAGCUGCUUGUGCCAUUACCUUGGCUGCCACGAGAUCUAAGGUAGUUCCUUACCUUGUCGCUUUCAUAGCUGGGGAGAUAAUGCUAGCUGAGAAGACUAGUGCAGAAGGUGAAUACCUCCCAAUUCGUGAUAAUAUUUACAUGCGGGCUCAGGAUAGCCGUAUUUACGUCACCUCGUUAAUAUUCUCGGCAGUAGAGAUGGUUAUCAUAAUCUUCAGAUCCAUAUAUCUGGCGAUGCUGUUCACUCCCAGUGUACUGAUGGCGCCAUUUGCUGAUAAUCUUGGCAGUAAGUAUAGGAAAACAUGGCUCCGUCUUGUGCAUCGUACUUUGGAGAAGGCAGGUCCUGCAUUUAUUAAAUGGGGCCAGUGGGCUGCUACACGUCCUGAUCUAUUUGCAAAUGAUCUUUGUACCGAAUUGUCAAAGCUACACACGAAAGCUCCUGCUCACAGCUUUGCCUAUACCAAGAAAACUGUCGAGAAGGCCUUUGGUCGAAAACUAUCAGAUAUUUUUGAGAAUUUUGAAGAAGAGCCUGUAGCGUCUGGAAGUGUUGCUCAAGUUCACCGAGCUUCUCUGAGAUUCCGGCAUCCUGGCAAGAAGACAAAGCGUGAAACAGUUGCAGUAAAAGUAAGACAUCCUGGUGUAGGAGAUUCAAUACGGAGAGAUUUCAGUAUCAUUAAUACAGUAGCCAAAAUUUCAAGAUAUAUUCCAGCGUUAAAUUGGUUGCGUUUAGAUGAGAGUGUGCAACAGUUUGCUGUCUUCAUGAUGUCUCAAGUUGACCUUGCAAGGGAAGCUGCUCAUUUGAGCCGGUUUAUCUACAACUUCCGUAUGUGGAAAGAUGUGUCUUUCCCUACCCCUCUGUACCCGCUUGUUCAUCCUGCUGUUUUGGUGGAGAGUUACGAGCAUGGGGAGAGUGUCUCACACUAUGUUGACGACCAUGACGGGCAUGAGCGGAUUAAAAGUGCUCUUGCACAUAUUGGCACUCAUGCACUUUUGAAAAUGCUACUGGUUGAUAAUUUCGUCCAUGCAGAUAUGCACCCUGGAAAUAUUCUGGUCCGUGUUGUACAACCAAAGAAUUCGAACAACACCCUUUUGAAGUCAAGGCCACAUGUAGUGUUCCUCGAUGUAGGAAUGACUGCUGAACUUUCAAGUAAUGACCGUGUGAAUUUACUGGAGUUCUUCAAGGCUGUUGCACGUCGUGAUGGUCGUACAGCAGCAGAGAGCACACUGAAGUUGUCAAAACAACAGAAUUGCCCAAAUCCAAAAGUAUUUAUCGAGGAAGUUGAGCGAGCAUUUUCCUUCUGGGGUACCCCUGAAGGUGAUGUGAUCCACCCUGCUGAUUGUAUGCACCAGUUGCUUGAGCAAGUCCGACGUCAUAAAGUAAAUAUCGAUGGGAACGUUUGCACUGUUAUGGUUACUACAUUAGUUCUUGAGGGCUGGCAGCGAAAGUUGGAUCCAGAUUACAAUGUCAUGAAAACACUACAAACUUUACUUUUUAAGGAGGACUGGGCCAAGUCUCUUCAGUAUACAAUCGAAGGGCUUAUGGCACCUUAGGAGUGUAUUGGGAUCUUCUCAAUUUUGCUGAUCUGGUUUAGGUGCGGUUAAUGGAUGAUGCUCGAGAGAUGCUCUGCUCUCUCUAGCCACUGCAUUCUAUUUUGUUCUCGUGUUUAUUUAGUUUUAGAGUUACAGUUUUCUGCCUACAGUUUUGUACUCAUCUUGGCCUGUGCUGCGAAAACGGCCACGCUAAAGUAAUAAUUGCAGCAUUCUUUUGAGCAGCAGGAGAACCAGCCCUGGGACUAUAUGCUUGUCAAGGCCAAAGGACGGGUCCUUUUGAGCGCCUCCCACAUUUUUUGUCAAUAGAUAUUAGAAGAUGUAGCGAAAGGCCCUCAUCCCUGAUGCUCUUUUUGUAACCUGAGAUUGUGUCAGCGAGUGAGAGUUCUUUCUUUGUAUACACAGAGAUAACAGUUAAUUGUUUCAAAGAAAACCUACGCCUUCUCCUGACAGUAUUGACGUCGAUGACAGAGAAUUUAAUCAGUUUUCUAUUCGAUA